UUCCUUCUAGAAUGUAUGCAUUGGACGCCGGUCCCCAUACCCAUACAUUCUUUGGAAUACAGACGACCCCAACCGCUCCACUUUCCACCAUUCUAAUUGCCGAAGACUUUGAGAAAAUCUCAAUCACGCAACCUGGCACCGAAGGAAGAUUUUGAGCGUGUCACUGUCGAUUCCUGCCUUUUUUGUCGUCCGUUGAAUUGUUGGUUGGGAUUUCGGCGCAAUCAGCCAGUACUGCCGCUAAGGUAGCGGCGGGAUCGCAGAUGAUGGCUAAAGUGCUGAAGCAGUCGGUGCAUAGUUAUUUCAGUAACAAUCAAGAAGCUGAGGGUUUUGAUUUAGAUAAGGUUGAAAUUCUGAAGGAGUACUACAUUCCUGAUUACAUACUUAUUCCCGAAUCAGUAUCUAAAGAAGGUUGGUGUGAGGUUCCAUCUUGUCCAGUGAUUGUGUUCAUUAAUUCAAAGAGUGGGGGGCAAUUGGGUGGUGAACUUCUGCUAACAUGCCGUAACCUACUGAACAAAAAUCAGGUGUUUGAUCUUGGAGAAAAGGCCCCCGACAAGGUGCUCUACCAACUUUAUUUCAAUUUGGAGAAGCAUAAACGGAAUGGAGACAAUUUGGCUUAUGAAAUUCAGAAAAGAUUGCGCAUUAUUGUUGCUGGUGGGGAUGGAACAGCUGGAUGGCUGCUUGGAGUGGUGUCCGAUCUUAAAUUGGCACAUCCACCUCCCAUUGCUACAAUGCCGCUAGGGACAGGGAACAAUCUCCCAUUUUCCUUUGGCUGGGGGAAAAGAAAUCCUGGCACAGACUAUCACUCAGUGAAGGCAUUUUUGAGACAUGUGAAGAAUGCAAAAGAAAUGAAAAUCGACAGCUGGCACUUUCUCAUGCGGAUGAGGUCUCCGAGAGAAGGUUCAUGUGAUCCUAUUACACCUCUUGAUCUGCCACUCUCGUUGCAUGCUUUUACCCAUAUCCUGCCAACAGAUGAAACGAAUGAGGGAGGACACCACAAAUUUCGUGGGGGAUUUUGGAAUUAUUUUAGUAUGGGUAUGGAUGCCCAAGUUUCCUAUGCAUUUCACUUGGAGCGGAAGCUGCAUCCAGAAAAAUUUAAAAAUCAAUUAGUCAAUCAGGGUGCAUAUGCAAAGCUUAGCUGUAAGCAAGGGUGGUUUUGUGCAUCCCUGUCGCAUCCAUCUUCAAGAAACAUUGCGAAUCUGGCAAGAGUUAAAAUCAUGAAAAAGCCUGGUGAGUGGAUAGACCUUCACAUACCACAAAGCAUCAGGUCCAUUGUUUGCCUUAACUUGCCUAGUUUCUCAGGUGGUCUUAAUCCUUGGGGAACCCCUACCAAGCAGAAGCUUCAUUCGAGGGAUCUAACUCCACCAUAUGUCGAUGAUGGAUUUCUAGAGGUUGUCGGUUUCCGAGAUGCAUGGCAUGGACUUAUCUUGUUUGCUCCAAAUGGCCACGGCACUCGCCUUGCGCAGGCAAACAGGAUUCGAUUCGAGUUCCAGAAGGGGGCUGCCGACCACGUCUUCAUGCGAAUGGACGGGGAGCCAUGGAAGCAGCCCCUUCCUGCCGACGACUCAGUAGGAGUAGUGAUCGAAAUCUCCCACUUCGGCCAAGCCAGCAUACUCGCAAACACACCGUGCCCGGCCCGAAGCAUCGCCAAUGCACCACCCUCACCCAACCCCAACUCAUCGGAAAUCGACUAUAGCAGCAGCAUGAGGAUGGAGAAUGAGGAAGAACACAGAAAGUUAGGAGCAGCGGAUACUUUUAGGUUACCAGAUGACUUCUUCCACAUUGAGCAGCUCAGUUAGAGUUGAUAACUGAUAUACAUUACAUACGAACUUACCAAAGUCUGAUGCUGUGUUACUUUACUUACAUGUUGCGUGUGUAUACAUAUAUAUAUAUAUAUAUAUAUAUAUGUUGGUUAUUUGUUUUGGCUGUUUAGUUGAACUUUCGCUGCUGGGAUUAGGGUGAGAGAGUAUUGAUAUCUAAUUUU